CAAACAACAACCGGACCUUGUCCAAACCCCGAUUUCCAUUAUCUGGUCCUAUUGCGUUCAUCCCUUCACCACCACCACCACCACCAAACUCCUCCAUAUCAAGAUCCUUAGACUUAAGAUAUCUGCCAUCACCCGACAUCCUCUCAUGGCGAACACACCUUUCCUGCUAGAAUCCAACUUCAAUUUCAAUCCUUUACUCCAACAGACCUUCCAUUUGCCCCCACUUCGCUUUCCCCCAAUCAAAUUGUCGUCUGGCUAUAAUAACGCUUCCAAAUUGAACAACUCUUCUUACAAGGUGAUCAGAGCUUCCCAAAAAUUUAGAAUUAAAUGCUUCUUCAUGAGCCAUAAGCGCAAAGGGGAAAAAGAUAUUAGUGGAAAUGGAAGCGGAAAGGAUAACGAUUUGGAAGCAGUUUCUGUUGGCAGUGGUAUAAAUGAAGUGUUUUGGAGAUCAAUUAAGAAUGUCCUCAAAGCCUUACAAAAACCCGUUAUAACUGGAGUUUUAUUGGGUUUGUUAUUGUUGUACGAUCAUCACCAUGCGUUGGCUGCUUCCGGUGGGAGAAUGGGUGGAAGAUCGUUCUCCUCCCUCUUCUUCUUCUUCUUCGUCUUCGUCUAGAAGUUUUAGCACUCGGACCAGAGGCCCGGAGUUGUCAUUUUCGGCUCCCUAUUAUGCUCCGACGCCAUUUGGGGGCGGUGGGUUCUUUGUAGGGCCAGCGGUUGGAUUUGGGUCAAGCUUUUUCUUCGUCAUGAUGGGUUUUGCUGCUUUUAUUUUGGUGUCUGGCUUCUUAUCAGAUCGCUCUGAUACCGAUGAUGGAAGUCUGCUUACUGCUACCGAGAAAACAAGUGUUCUCAAGCUUCAGGUUGGAUUGUUGGGUUUGGGUAGAUCACUGCAAAGGGAUCUCAAUCGGAUUGCUGAGACAGCUGAUACAUCCAAACCCGAGGGGUUGAGCUAUGUAUUACAAGAGACAACACUAGCUCUACUUCGACAUCCUGAUUAUUGCAUCUCUGGUUAUUCCUCUGUGGAUGUGAAGAGGAGCAUAGAUGAAGGUGAGAAACGAUUCAAUCAACUCUCUAUUGAAGAAAGGGGUAAAUUUGAUGAAGAGACUCUAGUCAACGUCAACAACAUCAGAAAGCAAAGUGCAACAACUCAAAGAUCUAAUGGCUUCCGUAAUGAGUAUAUUGUGAUUACAAUCAUUGUGGCGGCUAGUGGCGUACAUAAACUGCCGCCUAUAAACAGUAGUGCACAACUGAAAGAAGCAUUGCAAAAGCUAGCGUCUAUCCCUUCAAGCAGAGUUAUGGCAGUUGAGGUGCUGUGGACCCCACAAAAUGAAAACGAUACUCUUACAGAACGAGAAUUGCUUGAAGAUUAUUCGUUGUUGCGUCCUCUGUAGGUUAUAAGCUGUCAACAAUUUGUACAUUUUAUAUAGGUGAUGAUGAUAACUGUAUACGCAAAUGUGUGAUUCCAAAUGUAUCAGUUUGAAAUGAUUUUAACAAUUUUUGCAGUGGUAUGGUAUAUUUUAUAUAGC